UACUACUGUAGCAGACUCUUUAUUCUCAGAACUCGUCUGAAUGGUUCUUCACAAACAUUCGAAGCAAUGCCUCAGAGCAUAUUCAACGAUUUCCCUAAUAUCCCCAUCUUUCUACAGUUUCAUCAUCCGGGCGUCCAUUGAAAAGGGUGCUCUUCAGAAGGCGCUUCUGGACUACAAAGCGAUCCUUUUCUCCGGAACAAUCCAACCUGACCAUCGAACACUGUCGUCUGUCCUGGACGCCUGUAAGAUCUUAUUAAAUAUUAGAUUUGCCACCAGUAUCCAUGCAAGAGUCAUCAAAACUGGCUUCCAACUGUACCCAUCUGUGUUAGCUCCUCUAGUUGCAACCUAUGUUGCCAGUGAUCGCCUUGAUCGUGCCUACCAAGUUUCUCGUGAAGCUUUGGAAUGGGGUGCCGAUCCCCUGUUUGGGAAUUUAAUCGUUGAUGGUUAUAUGAAGAGUGGAGAAUUUGAUAAUGCAAACAAGGUUUUCAAGCAAAUGUCGAACAGGGAUGUGGUUUCUUGGAACUUGAUGAUAGCUGGUGGUGUUAGAAAUGCCCGCCCAAAGGAGGCAUUGAGUAUAUUCCAGCAGAUGCUUGGCUUGAAUUUCAAGCCAAAUGGCUUCACCUUCUCUUCAGUUCUCUCUGGGUGUGCUCGAACUGGAGCUCUUCGCGAGGGCAAGCGGGUACAUCAGUUAAUGAUCGAGCAUGGAAUUGAGCUCAAUUCUAUACUGAGUUCGGCCCUAGUAGACAUGUAUUCCAAAUGUGGAAGAAUCCAAACUGCCAAGCAAGUUUUUGACAAUGUUCAAAGGAAAGAUGUAUCUGUUUGGAAUGCGAUGAUAACAGGGCUAGCGAUUCACGGGCUUGCUUUGGAUGUGAUGGAAUUGUUCUCUCGAAUGGAAGGUGAAGGUGUUACACCUGACUCCAUCACCUUCCUUGGAAUCUUGACUGCAUGUAGCCAUUGUGGCCUGGUCGAAGAAGGGUGCCGACAUUUCGAUUUGAUGAGAAGUCAUUACUCGAUCGAACCACAGCUCGAACACUAUGGAGCAAUGGUUGACCAAUUGAGUCGAGCAGGGCUAUUAGAAGAAGCAUACACGAUUAUAAAAGCGAUGCCAAUGGAGCCGGACAUGGUAACAUGGAGGGCACUUCUCAGUGCUUGUAGAACUCAUGGGAAUGCGAAGUUAGGUGAGGUUGCAGUAGAACAAAUGGCAAGUCUCUAUAGUGGAGAUUGUGUGUUGCUCUCAAACAUAUAUUCGGCUUCAAAGAGAUGGGACAAUGCAGAGAGAGUAAGAGAUGUGAUGAAGAAGAUGGGGAUUAGAAAGAACCGUGGAUUGAGUUGGGUCGAGAUGGGUGGUUUUGUUCACCAAUUCAAGGCUGGUGAUAGAUCACAUCCUGAAUCGAACACGAUACGUGAGGUAUUGGGAAGAUUGAGUCAACGGAUCAAGAUGGAAGGGUUUGUUCCCAUGAUGGAUUUGGUUUUGAUGGAUGUUUCAGAGGAGGAAAAGGAAGGGAAUCUGAAUUUACAUAGUGAGAAACUAGCGACGGCUUAUUGGAUUCUGAAGACGAGCCCUGGAACAGAAAUUCGAGUAUCGAAGAACCUUCGGACUUGUCAUGACUGCCAUGGCUGGAUGAAAAUGGUUUCAAGAGUCUUGAACAGGGUCAUAGUUGUGAGGGAUCGAAUUCGUUUUCAUCGUUUUGAAAAUGGUUCAUGUUCUUGUGGAGACUACUGGUAA